AUGCGUCGCAGAAUUCUUCUUCCCCAGAGCGCGGCUCGACCCCUCAUCUGGGGCAGCAGAUCCCUGUCCGUGACCUCUCGCGCUUCAGUCGCGUCGAUUCUGUCCUCGAAGCAGCCCGUCCAGGACCCCAAUGCGCCCGUGGAGGAGGAGAGGUAUCAAUUCUAUGACCCCAAGAUCUUCUACCCAGCCCGCAUUGGCGAGAAGCUCGGUGGGAAGUACCGAUUGGUCUCCAAGCUCGGCUGGGGAACUACUUCGACCGUUUGGCUGGCGAAGGAAACGAAGCGAGGUUGGUUUUUUCAAUCACAUCAAUACGUCGCAUUGAAAAUCGCCAAUUCAUCCGACAUUGCACGGGAGAAUGCCAACCAGGAGAUUGAGGUUUCUACGCACGUCCUUACGGCAUCAACAUCUCACCCCGGCCACCAACUUAUCCGCCCAGUCAUCGAUUCGUUCGAGAUCCAAGGCACCAACAAGGCCAAACAUCUCUGCUUGGUAUUCGAGGCCCUUCGCCAGCCGCUCUCCUCUGUCGGCAGGCAGCUGGGCCACAAUGGGCGCCUACCUCCUCGUGUGCUGAGGACAAUCGUGCCCAGCAUUCUCAAAUCUUUGGAUUUUCUGCAUACGGAAUGCCGAACUGUUCAUACAGGUAUUCUCAAUCCUCACUGUCCCCAAGAUCCCGUUUUCUUUCUGACUACCUUGGAUUGCGCAGACUUGAAAGGCGACCACUUCAUGAUUCCAUUUGAGGAUCCCUCAAUCCUAGACGAAUAUCUCCGGCAACAAAAAAAGACACCCCCAAUGCUGAAAGAGAGCCAGGGUCGCCCCAUUUACGAGUCUCGUCGCGAAUUCGGGCGGUUGAAGAGAGGCAUCCAGAUCGCCAAGCUUACAGACUUUGGAUUGGCAGUGUGUGAUCAAAAGGCGGGAACUCUCCAUUUCCACAGCAUCCAGCCUCUCGAAUACACCGCCCCCGAAGUUUUGUUCAAGACGGGGUGGACUUACUCGGCCGAUAUUUGGAAUCUCGGACUGGUAUUGUGGGAAUUGGUUUCUAAUACCAGUCUUCUGGAUGGUCGUGCGAUCGGACAACCCGAAUUCUCCCACUUUACCCGCUAUGCUCAGAUGAUCCGUCUACUUGGGCCGCCGCCUGCUCAAUUACUAGACAGAGUCGAUAAAGAGACCUACAGUCGCUUCUACGAUGAAAGAGGGUCUUUUAGGUAUCCCGAAUUGGUUCCGGGGGAGAGCUUCGACUUACGCAAACUCACCCCAAUAGUAAAUGAAAGUGAUAAAGCCAAGUUCAUCAGCUUUGUACGUCGGAUGCUAGCCUGGCUGCCGGAGGACAGACCGACAGCUGGAGAACUGCUCAGUGAUCCUUGGUUGGAAGAGGAGGCAGAUCCAAUCUUGAACCUUUGA